AUGCCUUUUCCGACUCUCCUUUCUAUUUCGGAGCGGCGCGCCCAGUACGCCCUCCGAAUAAGAAGCCACAGCCUUCCUGCGCUCACACCUAUCAUGAUCAGUGGGCGUAUGAGAUUUCCCACCUUCCCCACCCCUGCCAACCUCCGCCAUUUGGCGAUUAAUCGGCGUCCUAACCCCAACUUCAACUUCCGGGAUGACUUCACGCCCGAAAUCCCCAGCCAUGUCUCCCGUCAAGUUACAAGUGUUCCUGUCACGACAGAGGCUAUAGUCCCUAGCGAAGAGGUUCCUCUUGACGUGGCUGUUCUGAAGGACUUCAUUGUUCCCCAUUCUGGCCUUCAUCUGGUCAUCGAUCGUACUGGUGACCGCCUUUUCCCCUUCCGUGAUGCUUUCUCUGCAGACAUCUCGUCUCAUGUCACUAGCCAAGUCCCUUAUAUGGUGACGCCUGAGGUUGCAAAGCAUACCAUCAAGGGGAUCAUGAAUUCGAAGUUAGCAACAGACACCCUUCCCCGCAAAAAUGUCACAUUUGGCGAGGAUACAGUGUAUGAUGUUGUUGACCGCUGGGCUCCAAUCGAUCAGCCACAUCUUUCUCUCGCAAAAUUGGGUCGUACUCAACACCCUACAUCCGAGUACUUCAUGAAGUGCGAUUUGCUUCGUCCUUUCCGCACCAAGACUAAGCCGCGCAAGCCUCAUAAGGUUUCCUUCAGUCGUCAUGUGAAUAUGCAUGAAGCUGAAAACUGGAUUCACACCCUCGAAGGCUUUACCCACAUCCCCCAGCAGCAUAGCCGCAUGCAACACGAGGAGGAUGGGGAAUUUUUUAUUUCAUCUCCGGCGCAAACUCCCGCACAGAUAAUCCUUGUGAAGAAGACUAUUCAACAAAAGCACGCCGACUUUCUAGUGAACACUUGCCUGAGCUGCGUCAUUAUCGCUAGCUGUAGCGUCCUCUGGAACGUUGCAGACUGGUGGCUUUGUUAG